GGGUCGGUUCCCGCCGCCGCUCGCCCCGCCUUCCCCCCGCCCCGGCCGCUGCUCGAAUCAGUGGGAGGAAGAUGGCGGCGCUCAUCCCUCUUAGCCAGCAGGUUCUUCAUCAGCAGGUAUCAUCAAAUGACAGAAUCCUCAUGAAUGAUGGCGAUGUAGUCACGUGUGGUGACAGGGAGUUUUCUACGGGGAAUCCAUUAUAUGAAACUUACUACAAACAGGUAGAUCCAACAUAUACGGGGAGAGUCGGGGCAAGUGAAGCUGCGCUGUUUCUUAAAAAAUCUGGUCUCUCUGAUAGUAUCCUUGGAAAAAUAUGGGAUUUGGCUGACCCAGAGGGUAAGGGAUACUUGGAUAAACAGGGUUUCUAUGUUGCAUUGCGCCUUGUAGCAUGUGCACAGAAUGGCCAUGAUGUUAACCUGAGCAGUCUAAACUUGACUGUGCCACCUCCUAAAUUUCAUGACACUAGCAGUCCUUUGCUGAUCGCACCACCUUCAACAGAGACUCACUGGGCUGUUAGGGUGGAAGAAAAAGCAAAGUUUGAUGGUAUUUUUGAAAGCCUUUUGCCAGUAAAUGGUUUACUUUCAGGAGACAAAGUAAAACCAGUACUGAUGAAUUCAAAGCUACCUCUUGAUAUCCUAGGAAGGGUCUGGGAUCUCAGUGAUAUUGAUAAAGAUGGUCACCUGGACAGAGAUGAAUUUGCUGUGGCAAUGCAUUUGGUGUAUAGAGCUCUUGAGAAGGAGCCAGUUCCUUCACUAUUACCCCCUUCUCUCAUACCACCUUCUAAAAGAAAGAAGACACCUGUCUUUCCUGGUGCAGUUCCUGUUCUCCCUGCAAGUCCUCCACCAAAAGACAGCCUCCGUUCUACCCCAUCUCAUGGUAGUGUCAACAGUCUGAACAGCACAGGGAGUUUGUCUCCUAAGCACAGCAUCAAACAAGCACAGCCAUCUGUGAAUUGGGUAGUGCCAAUGUCUGAAAAAGUGCGAUACGAUGAAAUUUUCUUAAAAACAGACACAGACAUGGAUGGUUUUGUGAGUGGCCAAGAAGUUAAGGACAUUUUUAUGCAUUCAGGUCUGUCUCAGAAUCUCCUAGCACAUAUAUGGGCUUUGGCAGACACAAGACAGAUGGGAAAGCUAAGCAAAGAUCAGUUUGCACUAGCAAUGUAUCUCAUACAACAGAAGGUCAGUAAAGGGAUUGAUCCUCCACAAACAUUGUCCCCCGAUAUGAUCCCUCCCACAGAGAGGAACACUCCUAUACAGACUUUGUCAGGUUACUUGACCUCUGUAGGAACUGAGAUCUCAGCACUAACAGAAAUGCGUCGUGAUAGUUCAAGUUCCGUUGGAUCAGGAGAAUUCACAGGUGUGAAGGAACUGGAUGAUAUUAGUCAAGAAAUUGCACAGCUGCAGAGGGAAAAAUAUUCACUAGAGCAGGACAUUAGGGAAAAGGAAGAAUCAAUCAGACAGAAAACCAACGAAGUCCAGGAGCUGCAAAAUGAUUUAGACAGGGAGACGAGUAACUUGCAAGAGCUAGAGGCUCAGAAACAAGAUGCACAAGACCGCCUGGAUGAAAUGGACCAGCAGAAAGCCAAACUGAAAGAUAUGCUGAAUGAUGUAAGGCAGAAAUGUCAGGAAGAAACACAGGUGAUUUCAUCACUAAAAAUGCAGAUUCAAUCUCAGGAAUCAGAUUUAAAAUUACAGGAAGAUGACCUUAAUAGAGCAAAAGCAGAGCUGAAUCGUCUCCAGCAAGAAGAGACUCAGCUAGAGCAGAGUAUCCAGGCUGGAAAAGUGCAACUUGAAACAAUAAUCAAAUCUUUAAAAUCAACACAGGAAGAAAUAAACCAGGCAAGAAGUAAACUUUCUCAACUUCAAGAGAGUCAUCAAGAAGUCAAUAAGAAUAUAGAAGAAUAUAAUGAGGCUCUCAAUGGGAUUCAUGGUGGUAGUCUGACAAAUUUAGCAGACAUAAGUGAAGGCCUUGGGCAGAUGGAAAGAAGUAAUUAUGGAGCUACGGAUGAUCCAUUUAAGAAUAAAGCCUUGAUGUUUACCAAUAAUUCACAAGAAUUGCAUACAGACCCAUUCCAGUCAGAAGAUCCUUUCAAAUCUGAUCCGUUUAAGGGAGCAGACCCUUUCAAAGGCAGUGAUCCAUUCCAGCAUGAUCCUUUUGCAGAUCAACCACCUGCUCCAGCAGAUCCAUUUGGAGGUGAUCCAUUUAAGGAAAGUGACCCAUUUUGUAGUUCUGCCCCUGAGGAUUUCUUCAAGAAACAGGUGAAGAGUGACCCAUUUACCUCAGAUCCAUUCACAAAACCCCCUGCUUUACCCUCAAAGCCUGACCCUUUUGAAAGCAGUGAUCCAUUUACGUCUUCCAGUAUCUCUUCAAAAGGUCCAGAUCCAUUUGGAACACUAGAUCCAUUUGGAAGUGGCGCUUUCAGUAGCGGUGAAGGAUUUGCAGACUUCAGUCAGAUGUCAAAGUCAGUAGCUUCAGACCCCUUUGCCUCCUCUUUUGGAGGGAUGGGAUUCUCAGAUGACCCUUUCAAAAGCAAAUCAGACACACCAGCAUUACCACCGAAGAAAAAUGUCCCACCACGACCCAAGCCACCCAGUGGUAAAAGUACUCCUGUAAGCCACCUUGGGUCUUCAGAUUUUUCCAAGCCCCAUGAUCCAUUCCAGCCAUUUGGGGCUGACAGCAGUGACCCGUUUCAAAGUAAAAAGGGGUUUGGGGACCCAUUUAGUGGAAAAGAUCCAUUUGCUCCCUCCUCUUCAAGUAAAACUUCUAAAGACUCUUCCUUGGGGUUUGCAGACUUCAGCUCUUUUGGAAAUGAAGAACAGCAGCUGGCGUGGGCAAAGCGCGAGAGUGAAAAAGCAGAGCAAGAAAGAUUAGCUCGGUUGCGGAGGCAAGAACAAGAAGACCUUGAGUUGGCUAUUGCACUCAGUAAGGCUGAUAUGCCAAACUCUUAAAUAGAGGUUUUUUGGCUCCACCCUGUCCAAGUGAAACCUUUAAACGUGGCUUUUAUAAAAAUACUAAAUUCUUGGUAUAUGUUGUGAAAAUAAUUUUUGUUACCUUCAACUCUAAACAAGAUUGGCUAGUUACAUCAAACUGGGCUCUGUGUGGCUUUCCAAGUGCGUAAUACACAGGAAACACUGUAUAAGUUGUAUUAUAUGUUCUAGAUAAAAUUUACUGCUUGUAAGAAAUUUAAUGUAUGAUCCUAAGGUACUGAAAGCAAAGUUUCCUUAUCUGGAAGACAAUGUUGCAUAUAGUAAACUGAAACUUGUGAAUCUGGCUUUUUAUAACCGGAAUUCCAUUGGCUUUUGUAGGCUGCAUUAUGAACUUCGUAUAUCAUAAAAAGAUAAUAUUUCUAGAAUUAGCUUCCAUUCACUCAUUACAUUUAUUUAAUAAUUCACGGUAGGCUAAUCAGUAUGACAUCUGCAUCAUCUAUGUCAAAGUCUUCAGGAUAAGUUCCUUAUUAGAUGGUCCCUUUUUUCCCAGGAGAUGUGGCUUUUACGGGAAAAUCUGGUGAUUUAUAUAUGAUGAAUACAAGCAUAGUGAACUGUAUAAAAUAUUAUGAAAUCUAAGCCUCUAUAAAUAAGUAGUUCUAAUUUAAGGAGUUGUUUGCAUUGAGUUUUAAUAAUUGUAUAUGGUGUUGUAAAAGAGGGAGUUAAUUCAGUUGUUGUAAAUUGGACAAAUAAUUCGGCAAUUAAAUCAUUAGGUAAAAUCUUGCUUUAUCUCAGAAGCAAAUAGAAUUGCAGGAUUGUGAUACAAGUUUGAGUGCUGCUUUCAUGUCAAACCAAGCAAUGGAAAACUUACACAGCUUGAGCAGUGUUCACCCCUACAAUUCAUUUUUACCCUCUUUUGCUCCAACCACCGGAACUGUAGUUAAUAUUAGACCAUGUUAAUUGUGUUACCUGAUUGACUGUGUCAGACCGUCCCUACCUCUGUUUCUUUACUUCCACCUGUCUUAUCUUACAGGGCUACAGGUCAAAGGUAAUUUAGCUGAAAUAAGGCCAAGUUGAAACAGAUUUAUUUGCCAAAUACAUGUCUGUGCAUAUGUUAUUGGAGUGCUGGUAGACUGGAUUGGCUUUAAAAUACGGCUUGCAGUAGUAGGUCCAAGUAGGAACAUAUUUGAUAUGUAUCUGUAGAGCUCAAUACUUCCACUUGGUAAGGCUAACAGAAUGUGGUUUACAUGUCAUACAGAAAAUUAAGUCCUUAUGGUAAGUCUGUGAAUUAUUUAUUUACUAAAAAUGCCUUUGCUGAUUACAGGAAUUCUAAAACUUCGGUUGUCCUUGCCUUGGACUUUUAUGUCUCAAUAGAAUGGACAUCUAGCACAAAAUUUUUUAAAUGUCCUUAAUAUGCAUCCGCUUUCCUGUUGUUGCUUCUGUGGGAAUACAAAGCUGAACAUUCUGUGGUUUUACUGAUGCAGCCCUUAUCUUCCAACAUUUUCUCUAUUUUUUUUUAAAUGUGGUAUUCCUUCAUCAUCUUAAUGCAUUUAUAUUUUUUUAUGUCCUUGCUGGCUUUUAUCUUUCAUAAUACAGGGAUCGUGCCUGUUCACUGAAUGAAAGCAAUCUUCCCCCAUUCUGUUGUAUUUGCCUUAUUUUGGAUGCUUUCUUUACACAGAUACGAAUCAGGUUGGAUCAUUCUCAUAAUCUUGAUAGUUUUCAGCUCUGAAAUGCAGUAUAGAUGUGGCGUUUGUUGUCUCAGGCUUCUGUGAGUAGGCGUGUGGGUGGGUGUCUGUGUGUGCAUCCAUUUACAUUUGCAGUGAUACAUAUGACAAAGCUGAAAUCCAUAUAUCUCAAAAUGCAGUCUUAGGAGCCACAAUUCCCCGUUUGCUGUGUCUGUCUUAUGCUAAUGGUACUAUAGAUAAUGGGAAUCUUAAUUCCUCUCCAAAGGGUAUCAGAAACAACCAUAUAAUGGUCUUUAAUACUGUCUUUUAGUGACCCCGUUGGAAUGCAGUAGAAGAUACUUCUGGUUUUACAGAACCUGAUUUGAAAUCCCUUCCCAUUGUGUUAUCUUUUCUCUAAAAUACGUUAGAUUAAAUGAUCCAACAUACUAAAAUGUCAACAAAUUCUCUUGCCUGUUGGUGUGCAGGACUUGAGGUCUCUGAGAGCAAACUUGGAUCUGUAGCUAGCAUGGGACAAAACUUUUAGUAUGAAAGAGCAAUUUUCAACAUUGAAUGGCUGCAGGAUUCUCAGUGAAAUUAAAAAAAUGGUAUCCGUGUGUAAGAUUCUCAAUUUUCAUUUGGGCCUGAGUCUUUGUGGUGUCUCUUCUGCUCUAAGAAAACCCUGCUCGUGCAUAGUGCCAUUCUAGAAAGGAAACCCGCUUUUGGACUACGGCUUGGGUGGUGUCACUCCAGUGGGACGAGGCGGAUGAGCUAAACAGCUUGAUUCAUUUUCUGAGUUACGUACCGUAACAAGACUUUCUGCUACUUUUCAGUGCUCUACAAUACUGUAAUUUAUAAUGCUUCUAAGGCAACGCAUCGGUAUUCUCAAGAUGUUCAGCAGGAAGCCAGAAAUGUGAAUUAAUCAAGCAUUCCACAUAGUGUUAGAACUAAUUGCUUGUUUUCCUAAUUCCUUGUUGACCUAUUCUUCCUAUUUGCUUGGACAGUAACAGAAGAUCAAGCAAACGAAGGAGGGCAGAACACGUCCUCUGUACACAAUGUAUUAGAUGUAGUGAUCUUAGGUUCACUGAAACACUCCUGAGUCAAAAUUUUAGACACUGCAGUAGAAGAAAACUUAGCUGUGAUUUCUCCCCCUUGUAUUUAAUACAGUUUUCUGUCUGAAAAGGAGGAUUACCCGUGUUCUUCUCUUAUGCUGGUAACUCAGUGUUUUGUAUAAUAUCUGCACUUGUUCUUCUAAGGCAAAACUCUCAUCGCGAGACAUUGAGCACCUUCUUCCUCCAGAACAGUGAAAUUUAAAGCACAAAUAGGCCUGUUGCUAUUUGGGCAGAGAAAAUAUGUACAAUGCAAGAUAUAUAAAAUGUGAGUAUACACAAUGCAUAUACAGUGUACAUUGAGAUCCAUAUUAUUUGUGUCUGUGUGUAUAUAUAUAUACAGUGUAUUGUAUAAUAAUAGUGUGUGUAUAUACUAUAUAUGUCCACAUACUAUGUCUAGUAUAUAGCUACUUAUGCUGUACAUAAAACAUGUAUAUACAAUGAAUAUGUAGAAUAUGCAUAUAUAUUCUAUAUAUUGAGGCUUGUGUGUAUGUAUUCUCUAAACAGGGAUGGAUACAGAAAUGGAAUUUUUACAGAAAUGCAGAUUAGAGCAUGGCUCUUAGAAUUUCAAAGUUCUGGUGAAAGAAAAAAAAAAAAAAGGAGAAAAGAUUACUUCUAAUACAUUUGUUUUAAGAUUACUUUCAUUGGCAUGAAAAACUGUGUUCGCUAGCUGUGCCAAGUAUAAGAGAAACCUGGCAGAAAGUAGGUAUCAUCUGCACUGGGUGUGAUUUCACAUUCUUUUGAGUUUAAUUGUCUCUUUGAAAUGUAGGCUCAAUUUCUGAUCUUCUUGCGUGUGAUGGUCAUAUCAUCUGUUCUUUUUUCUGUAGGCUGAGGCAAUGAUUUUUUUCUCCUACAUUUGCUUGUAGUUUCUCUUUUUUUUUUUCCCUUUGUUACAAGGUUUUUUUAAGGAGCUAUUCCCAUACACCCCAAACAGUCAUACACUAAGGUGGAAAAACGUGCUUUUCUUGCUUCAUUCCAGUUAUAUAGGUUGCACGUAAUUGUCAUCUGGAUUUCAGAUCUGUUUUUCUUCCCUUUCCACCUAAGCUGUUACUUCAGGAGGAAUGACAAUCCAUUGCAUUCUUGGCUUUGAGGAAAGAAUGGAGGUGAUUCUACUUUCUACUCAGAUAAAUUAUUAGACUCUGUGGUAUGUUGAGCAAUCACUAAGAGUUUAGUAGGCUUUUAUAGUGGCACAUGUGUGUUUUAUGCAGAGUCUCGUCACUGCUGGAAUGACUCAUGGAAAACCAUGAAUUGCACACAGCACUGAGGCACAACAGUUAAAACAGGAAAGACGGACAAUUAUUCACGUUGAACCUACGCACGCAAACGUUGCAUGUAGGGCACAGGUAUUGAAUUACCCACAUUACAGACCAGCAGGUUCACAUUUGCCUCGAGUGGUUUCCCAAAGUUCUAUUCAAAUAAUCUUGUUGUAAAACAUACCAGUCAUUCUGCAAUAAAAACAGAUGCUCAUAAAAGUAGUACUUCUACCGUAAUGCUGUAUGAAAUAUUUUUAUAUUGGCAAAUUUUUCCUUAGGAAAUCUCUGCCCUGUGAUGAUCAUCAGUCCUGACUGUAUUUUGUUUCAUGUAAUGUGCUCUCAAAGUGUAGGAAAUUCCAAGCUGUGUCUGACUGCAUCACCUUUUUUGGGGUUUUUUUUGUUUGUUUGUUUUGUUUGGGGGGGGUGUGUGUGUGUGUUAGUGGUUUGGUUUUUAAAUUCCUGUCUGUGAAAUCUGUUGUCAGAAAUUUUGUAGAAAUUAUUUUGUCAUCUUAUGCUCAAAGGAAAUGCACUUUUCGUGGAUUCUUAUAAUCCCUUUGGGGUUACUAUUUUCUUUAGUGUUUCUCCAUUGAGAAGAGUAUUUAUUCUGUAGAACUGAGGCCCAAGGAAUUUUGGUCCAAGUAGAAUUGUUGCUUUCCCUCAUGUAAGAGUUUGAUUUCUCCCUUCUUAUGUGUUUUAUUCCUCCCUCUCAGGAAUUUCAUUUCUGUUUAAUCCUCAUUUAGAGCUGGAACUCUGUUAAAGUGAAUUGGUCUGUGCUAAUAAUGAUCUGGUUCAAAUACCUUCCUACAGUGGUGGAACAGCUAAGUUUUUGUUGUGUAUCAACUAGUGCGUCUCUCUGCAGACUUCACAACAAACAUCUUUUCUUGGAAAGGAAUUUUGCUUGUAGUAUGGUGAAAUCAUAGAAGAUUUAUUUUUAGAGUAAAUAUGUUAACUGUUAUUCAUUGACACACCUGUUUUAUCAGUUGAUAUACUGUUCUUUUUACUUGAAAGUUUUAUAAAUAAAGGUUAAUUUGUUAUAAAACGGAAUUUUCAUUUUUCCAACUUCUGCCUUCCCCUUUAAUUUGAACUUUAAAAAUAAGAACUAGUGACUAUGGUUCCUUCUGCUGUUACAAUUAUAGAGUGCUCUUCUGCUGUCCCUUUUAAUAUGAUGCUCUUUAGCCUGACCUAAAAAAGGUGGAAACACAAAGUGGAAAUUGCAGUGUUGACCUAAAUUUGACUAAUAUCUCCAAAUAUGUACAUUAUUGUAGUUAUAUUUAUCUUUCAAAUAUCAUAACAAAUUGAAAGAUAUUUUAAUUUUAACCCAUCUCAUGUGUUUAUUGUUUAAUAUAAUAAGAAAUGUCAUUGUUUAAUAUAAUAAAUGAAAAGUUACUUUUUGGA